GGUUAUAAAACCUCGGGUUCCAUGCCAGAGCUCGCGUUCGUCCAAAGCCAGAGCUCUCGCCACUGCGCAAUACGCACCGUUUCGACCAACAUGAUGACACUGCGUCACAAGCAGGAGGAAGAGAACCGGAACCGGAACCAGAACGAGAUUCGGGAGAUGAUGGAGGAGGUCCGGCGGAGCAUGCUGUUCGUUUCGUCGAAGGAGAAGAAGGCGUGUACGGACGAGCGGGAGGAGGACAGCGCCGGGUCGUCGGAGGAGAUGGAGUCGCCGAGGUCGGUUGGGCGAUGGCGGAGGAGGACGACGAAGGAGGGGUGCGUGAUGCACAGCCAGGUCUUGAGGAUCAGAGAGGAGGACUCGCAUCUCGGCGAGAGUACGGUUCCGAUAGGUGCUGCUGCUGCAGCCGGCAAAGAUUAUCACGGCAUGGACGUUAUGCUUUUCGCCCGGCCAAUCUUGCCUUCCUCGCCUCUCAAGAAAACGAUCAACGCUUAGUUUGCGCGAAUUACUCUGCUAAUCAUGUUCAGGAGGAAGAAGUUGAUGGCUUUCAUGCUGAAGAAAAGAGCUGCAAUGAAAAAUUCCGAGGAGAAAGACGAAAAGUUAGAAUUAAGUUCCAUCUUUGUGUUUUUUUUUUCCUUUCUUUCUAGGAUAAAAGUGUAGUCAGUUUGUUCUGCAAGCUUUUCUGUACAGUUAAACAAAAAUACUUUUUGAUAAAUCAAAAGCACUUUUUGAAAUA